GUCUGUCGUUGACUGGAGAAAAUGUUCAUUUAACCUUUUUACGUUGCUUUUUUCCGCGGUAAUAGUUGACAUUUUAGACUCUUAAGACGACGCUGGUGACACAAACCGCGAAAUGACUUACUAAGUAUAAUUCUUGAAGUGUCCCAAAACUUUCCUAUUUGUGGAUGUUGUUUACUGCUGUCUUUGCUAAGUCGAAUACACUUUGUGUUGUCUUUCUUCCCCGCCGUAGAAACGCUGUUUUUGUAUCCUAAUGGAAGGUAGCAUGCGUAAAAGCUACGUUUAGCAAUCUAUUUGUGUUUGUUUGAAUGUCUCGUUGAUUUGAAUGCGACUGAUGUGGACAGACAGCUUCUAUGAUCAGCUGACAGAAGAUGGCGCCUUCCUCAGGGCUGAGAGGAGACUGGACACUGAAUUGGUGGACAAAAUCAUCCUGCAGCUCAACAGAAUCUACCCUCAAAUACUCACAGACAAGGAGGCCACCAAGUUCCGAAACCUGGACGUGCCCACGGGUGUCCGCCUGGGCGAGCUCCUGAUGCACCUGCAGGCAAAAGGCGAGGAAGCAUGCAGGGAAUUCUACAGGGCACUACACCUGCAUGUAGAGGACGUGUACUACAGCUUACCAACACGCCUACGUCUCAGAGAUUCUGCUGAUCCGUUCACAUAUCCUACAAGUGCCAACAAACAGAGACAUGUUAUGAAUGACAAAGGCCCCCUCUUCUUCCUAGGCUGUUUCAGUAUUGCAGUUGGAAUGGCAUUAGUCUAUUAUUAUGGCGAAGACAGGAUGACGGGAGGCAGCCGGGCCCUCGGCAUGGCAGCACUGGGUUUGAAACGAAAAGCCCGCGAGGUUCUUAUAUGGUACACCGAAGAAAGCCUCAUGAAGUAAGAAUUGACUGACCCUCAGGGCCCAGGAGGAUUCAGCAAAAACUUGAUUUGUACCAAAGCACAGCACCAUACUUUGCCUUGUCAAGUGUUUCAUACAGUUUUUUUUAUUUAUUACUUUGAGGGUCCAAUAUAUGAAUAAUGGGACACAUUAAGUUGCCUAUUCUUGGUGGAUAGCUAUUUAAUUUUAAGGGAAGUCAACUAUUAAAAUGAACAGGCAAGUAUAACAUACUAAGCAGCCUCUGCCUAUAAUCUUUAGAACUUGUGAAUUUUCACCCAAUAGGCAUAUAAACGUGUGUUAUUUUUUUAUUGGACAAAACUAAAGCAAAUUUUGCAAUUCGACUUUUUUAUUUAAGACUAUUUCCAAUGUAUUCAUGUAUGUGUGUACAGUACAUUGCUGGGGAAAAAAGAUCGGCGAGCUAGAGCACAGAAACAAUUUUGUACAAAUGCCGCCCUCGUGUGGCGUAAAUAGAGUCUACAUGCACACAGCCGGUCUGUAAAAUCGGUGUGAAAACGCACUCACGUGACUACUCCAGCCAAUCAUUGUCGUUUCUUCUUCGCGCAGUGGAUUCUGGGUAAAGGUUAAAACGUAAUGAAAUGCUAAAAUAACAGCUUAAUAACAAUACCUACACCGUCAAGUAGUAAAUGUUUAAAGUACACAGUAAUUACGUUUGUUUAUAUUUGAAUGUUACAUAGUAUAUAGGUUGCUCAAGCAGAACCAUAAGUGAAGAGGAACCGCAAGAAUGGCACUAUAAGUAAGAGUGUUCCACGGUAGGGAUGACGUGUUGUAUGAAAGGAGAGAAGGUUAGCACUCCCCUUGACAAGGAUGGAAAUGGUCCCUGUGGCCUGCAACACAUAUAUGGUUAAGGCAUUGCCACCUACUUCGUGGCAUCUCUAACCAAGUUUUUUCCCCCUAUUUUUGGCAUUACUUAUUUUUUGUUAUUUGUCCACUUACACACUUGACUUGUUGAGCACUAUUACAACUUAACAUGUGGCAUCGGAAGCUAUUCUACAGCCUGCUGCACUUAUUUAGUCCACCCAAUUUGCCCAAAAGAAAUAUAUAUUUUUAAUGUAUUGUUUAAUGUAUAGAUUGCACCCCUGUUAUUGAGAGACUUUCUGCCCUCAAUUAUUUGCGUAUUUGUCUACGCUUAGUGCCUUUUGCCAUCUAUAUAAACAUAUAUAUAUUUUUAAAUAUCAGGCUGUUUGUACUUCAAUAAGGGCUUUUGGACAAAAGACUAUAAAUGCUCCAAUUAUAGCCUGGGCAUUUAUUUAGAGGACAGGUUAUUAAAUGGAAGCAGGGAGAGAAAUGGGCUCGACCAUCAUCAUUAUACAUGAUGAAUGGGGGCGUUUCCAUAGCGCAGCUUUCCAUAGCUGACGUCAUGUUCUGCUUUGGAAAGCAAAAGAGUUGAGACUCAACAGCGCCUUUGCUGGUUGCGGCCAGGUGCUGCACUCCAUUUUGCCUCAAUUUCUUCCAGAUGCUGCCAAUCACAGUAAAUGCUGUUACGCAUUAAAUAUAUCCACUUAAUUUCUUAACUUAAAAAAUGAUUUGGAGUACUUGAGAAAGUGGAGAGGAAAAUGUAGCUCUCUUAGACCACGUGGUCAUUUAUUUUAACAAGUAUAUUGCUCAACACAGCCGUUGGUUGGUUGGAGCAUUUACAGUAGUUAAUUCAUCAAUGGUGCUUUAUGAAACUAUACAGGAACAAAAUGACUCCUUGCAUUUCUUUUUUUUUCUAUUCUACUGCGCAUAUUAUGCACAAUGUUAUGUGCAUAUUAUGUGUUCAUAUUUCAUUUUUUGUGCUUGCUCCUCUGUUCUUUGCUCUGUGAUGUAAAGAUGCCUUCGACGUAGAUGAAGUGCCACUAUUAUAACAAUAAACCAAAUAAUAAUAUUCAA